GCAUGUGAUCUCCACAAGCACAUAAUAUCACAUAAUUCCCAUUAAUUUCCUCCUUUUUCUAUAUAUCUCAAUAUUUCUCAACUUCAUUUUACCUUAAUCAUCCUUCAUGGCCAACCUUGGAGCUAGAACUAAUGGAAUUUCAACAAACCAUGUUGAGAUCCCUAUCCAUAUUUCUAAUGGUAUAGAGCUAAAACCAAUCUACCAAGAGGUUGCACUUGAAGAGAGUAGCAGCAUUGACUUCUCUCAAAGGGCUCAGUGGCUUCGAGCCGCGGUGUUGGGAGCCAAUGAUGGGUUGGUCUCAGUUGCCUCACUGAUGAUGGGUGUCGGAGCUGUUAAGAAAGACAUCAGUGCCAUGAUUCUUGCUGGUUUUGCAGGAUUGGUUGCUGGGGCUUGCAGCAUGGCAAUUGGAGAGUUUGUAUCUGUGUACACUCAGUAUGACAUAGAGAAGACACAGCUCAAAAGAGAGAGGGAAGCUGAUAACAAUAGAGGAGUUAAUGAAGAAGCUCGAAGGGAGAAGCUUCCAAAUCCAUUUCAUGCUGCACUAGCUUCAGCACUAGCAUUUUCUGUGGGUGCUUUGGUGCCAAUGCUUGCUGCUGUGUUUAUAAGGAGUCACAAGGUUAGAAUGGGAGUUGUUGCUGCUGCAGUUAGCUUGGCAUUGCUGGUGUUUGGAGGGGCAGGAGCUGUUCUUGGAAAAACUCCAGUGACAAGAUCUUGCAUUAGGGUUCUGGUUGGAGGUUGGAUGGCUAUGGCCAUAACAUUUGGCCUCACCAAAUUGAUUGGCUCUGCUGAUCUUUGAAUAUGAUUAAUACUAGUCAUUUAAGUACAACAUCAUAUUAUUAGCAAUGUUUUUUUUUUUUUGGGUUGUGCUAUGAGUACUACUCAUGGUAGCUAGUAUUACUCUUCGAUAGAUAUUGUGGCUGUUUUGUUUAAGUGAACAUGAGUGUGGUUUCACGCUACAUAAUUGUCCACAAGGAUUUUUGAGGUUAAUGGUGUUUUUCUUAUA